AUGGAGUUCAGUUAUGUCUCGUUUGGUGGACAUCCUGAAUCAACUAAAACAGGAGGUCCAAUUCAUUUUCUUGGUUAUAUUUUUGAGCAAAGUUAUAGUGGCUGCAUACAAAAUAUACGGAUUAAUGAAGUUCCUAUAGAUCCUAGACGUAAGGCUUUCUUAGGAGAUGCUGUGGAUGGGUAUGGGAUUACUAAUUGUGGUUUUGGUUUAUGUGAAAAGAAAGAAUGCAAAAAUAAUGCCUCGUGUUUGCAAACAUCUGGUUCCAGUGUUAUUUGUCAAUGCCCUUUGGGUACUUCGGGUCAACAAUGUGAACAAAGAGUUGAGCUAAUAAUGCCGUUCUAUAACGGAUAUUCGUACACUGAGUAUAUCGGAUUGAGUGGAACAUCAUCAUCAUUCACCACCUUGGAACUUCAGUUUAGACCGUUACAACCAAACGGGCUGAUUUUAUAUGAAGGUUAUAGUCAUGAUAGGCGUGGGGACUUCUUGGCUAUUAUGUUAGUUCAUGGAUAUGUUGUAGUGGCGUUUGACUUAGGUUCCGGUUCAGCGUUUUUAAAGAAUGAAAAAGAAAUAAAAUUAAAUGAAUGGCACAUAGUCCAUUUUUGGCGAAUUGGUCGUGAUGGUUAUCUCCAAGUCGACUCAGAUGAGCAUAUUAUGACAAAUUACUCAUUCGGUUUACAAGUUCAGCUAACGUUAACUUACUCUUUGUAUCUUGGUGGACAUCCAAAUGCUAAUUUUAUAUCAACCCAUAUAAAACCAUUUAUUGGAUAUGCAACAAAUUUGAGUAUUGGAUUUCAAGGAUGCAUCAGUAAAAUUGAAACAAACGGAGUACUUAUUGAUCCCAUUAGGGAUGCGAUAGGUGGCGUGAAUAUUUUAAAUUGUCCUGGACAAGAAUGUGGAUUUCCAAACCCUGGAAAGAAUUGUAAAGAAAAAAUUAAUUGGCAAGGGAAGCAAUUAGCUGCAUUUGGAGAAAACAGUUUCGUGAAAUUCACAACGAACUCAUUGAAUUAUAGACCCAAUAGUCGUCACUAUCAUAUAUCGCUUGAAUUUCGGCUAUCCAACAAAAGUUUGGGAAAUGGCAUUAGUUCUGUGAAAAAUUAUCCGUCAACAAGUAAUGCAUCAUUUAAGUUGUUCAAACAAUAUUUGGUCUAUGGUGUAUUUCAAGGUGUACACAAAAUACAAAAUAUAUUAAUUCAGCUUCUUUCCAGCAGAAGACUAAAAUUAGGCCUAGAGUAUGUAGAGACUGAAAAAUAUAUAGUCACCUUAUCUAACGUGACUAAUCAAUCCUCGAAUGAUGAUGAAUUAUGGAAAAUUGGCCGUAACCAAUUUAGUCAACGUAUGUUGAUACAAAUGUAUGACAUUUCAGAGAAGUUAGAGUUGAGACACGAUUGGCACAAACUCAUACUUACAAAAAGUUCAAAGGCCAUUACACUAUUUAUCAACCAAUCACAAGUUGCUCAAAUAUAUUUUAAAGAAAACGAAGUGCAACCGGUUCAAUUGUUCUUUGGAGGAAUCCCUGAAACUCUACAUGCACAAAGACGAUACCUGGAACUGAUGAGUAAUGGAUAUUCAUCUUCACAUAAAGAGAAUGUUUUUAUCAAAUCCAAAAAUUUCAAUGGUUGUAUAAAAAAGUUAGAAAUUAAUGGACAUCCUACUUCAUUUGGUCAUGUUGCUGACGGGCAAGAUAUUACUCAAUGCACAUGA